CGCGGCGGGGCGCCGGGCGGCGGCCGAAUGGAGUGGAAGGGCUCGGCGGCCGGGACCAAAGGGAACCCGAGCCCGCCGGGGGCCGGCGAGGUGCAGCGGCCGCCGCCGCCGCUGUGCGUCCCGGGCGGUGGCGGCGGCGGAGGGGCUCCGGCGCGGGGCCAGGCUGGGGCGGCGGCCGAGCCCGCCGAGUCCAUCCGGCGCGCGCACGAGUUCAAGAGCCAAGGCUCGCAGUGCUACAAGGACAAGAAAUUCCGCGAAGCCAUCGGCAAGUACCACCGGGCGCUGCUGGAGCUGAAGGGGCUGCAGCCCGCCCCCGGGGAGCGGGAGCGGGAGCGGGAGCGGGACUCGCGUGCGGCCUCUCCGGCCGGGGCCCCCAACCCCGGCCGCCUGUCGGAGGAGCAGAGCAGGACGGUGGAAGCCAUCGAGAUCGACUGCUACAACAGCCUGGCAGCCUGCCUGCUCCAGGCUGAGCUGGUAAACUAUGAACGAGUCAAGGAGUAUUGCCUCAAAGUCUUGAAGAAGGAAGGGGAGAACUUCAAGGCCCUUUACCGGUCUGGUGUGGCCUUCUACCACCUUGGGGACUAUGACAAAGCACUCUACUACCUGAAAGAAGCAAGGACCCGACAGCCAACAGACACCAACGUGAUUCGGUAUAUCCAGCUGACGGAGAUGAAGCUCAGCAGAUGCUCCCAGAGAGAGAAGGAAGCCAUGUAACUACAACACCUCUCUAGACUUGCACUUGCGCCCGACCCUGGACUUCUAGGCAUCCCCUGGCGGAGAGCCCCUCCCUGGGUUCUGGUCCUUUCUCCCCACUCCUUCCACCAGCCCCCCUUCCCAUCUCUUCUUCCUGUUGCCCCCCAACUCUUGUCUACACCCAGUGUGAAAAGAAGGAGAUGCAAAUUUGGAAUCUGGUGGGUUGCCCUGACAAUGGAGAUAUCUUCUUCUCUAGCAGGUCAGCCACUGAGAGGGACCUGACCUCUGUGGGGACAGCCGGGGAGGACGCUCACAGACCAGGAAUGCCUGGGUUUCUGACAGAGGCAGAUCCUGGCGGUUUACCAUCCCAAAGGAGUAGGCAAGGAACUCACGUCUGGACCCUGCACACCUUUCUGACAGACCAGAGCAUCUCAAGGCAAUUGUAACAAAUCCAGGGAUGAGACAAACACCAGGAGCAUUGGUUAAGGCAGGAGAGAGGCCAUGAAUUUGUACACUGGAUUUCUCCACCUCUACCCCUACUCGCUUCCGCCCCUGCCUCCCUUCCUUGUUGUCUUUGCUUGUGCUUUCUUCUCUUGCCCUCGGGGAUCUGAGACUGUGCCAGGAUUCACAUGCCAUUGACACCCACUCUCAGUGCCCUCUGGUGACCACACAUACCAUCCUCCCAUCCCCCCAGCAGGCAGCUGUGACAGCAGAAGGGCAGGGACAAGUGGGCCAAGGGUUGACCUCUAAGGUGAGAUGGGGAGGGAGAGGUGACGUCCAGGGGAGAGAGCAUUGUAUAGACUGGGCAGCUCAUUAAGUGUAAAUAAAAAGAAAUUAACAGGCAGAAACUCCUGUCACUUCUGUUGGAAGCAGCCCACUCCCCCGCGGUUACUCCCUCCCCCAAGGAACCCACUCAGAGCUACUUACAGCCAGGCAGAAUGGGGCUUCCCCAAUGGGCCAUUUGUUCCGUGGUCGACAGAGUUGGCUGCCUCCUCUGCGUUAGAGUAGGCUGGGGCUGGGGAUUCUGCCCAGGGGGUUGGCUUUGUGGGACUUUGUGGGACUUGUACAGCCUCUUCGAUGACAUUAGCUGGACUCAAUAUCUAGCACAGAGAAUGUGCUCAACAAAUAUUUGUUGAAUGAAUAAAUUAUGACUGCAGACUGGCUCUCCUGCCUUAAACUAAUUUUAUCCCAGCCUGGUCUCCUGACAUCUAUGCUCUUUAUGCCAUGUUGCUUCAGUCAAAUAAGAAACAUUUCCUGAGGGCUUAUUGUUUGCCUACCAUUGUGCAAUAUGCUGUGGGACAUAGGACGUGGUCCUAUGGAAGAGUUCAGAAAUGCUCGUGUGAGAUUACUACCAAUGACACCUUUCAUUUAUAUGAUGCUUUAAAUUUUUCAAGGCACUUUCGUGUAUCUUCCGUGUGAUUAGUGAAAGAAACAGUAUUGUACAAAUUAAAAUAUAUACAGAUGCAAUAAUGUUAAUAGUUAGCAUUUAUUAAAUGCACUAUCCUCAGCUCUUUACAUGUAUAAGCUCAUUUCUUUCAUGCAAUUACCCUAGGAGAUAGCAUUUCUAUUUGAAGAAUAAGAAAACUGAAAACCAGAAAAAUUAACUAUCCCAGUCCGGCCUAUGGUUGAGCAAUCAGCCUAUGAACCAAGAGGUCACGGUUUGAUUCCCAGUCAGGGCACAUGCCUGGGUUGCAGGCUCAAUCCCCAGUAGGAGGCAUUCAGGAGGGCAGCCAAUCAAUGAUUCUCACUGAUGUUUCUAUCUCUCCCUCUCCUUCUCCCUUCCUCUCUGAAAUCAAUGAACAAAAUAACUUAUAAGAGAAAAAUGAACUAUUGCAAGGUGGCAUGGUCUUAAGUGGAAUAGCUAGGAUUUGAGCCAGGUGUGUCUGACCCCAGAGCUCUAGCUAAAACUACUCUGUAAUUAGUUCCUGCUCUACAAAGUAUAUUGAGCAGUUACAAACACUCAAGAGCAGGACAGUGUGUGUUACAUUAAAAAGUUUUAACUGUAGUACCUGAGCUGCCUCUUGUGUUUAAAAUGCCCAAUGCAAAAAAAAGCAAGGUUCCUAACACUAGACUCGCUAGUGGACAGGGCAGUAACAGACCCGGAAAAGAGAGCUGAGACCCAGCAGUUAUUUCUGAGUAUUGUUCAUUCUACUUGCUGAUGGGCCAGACAACCCGCCUAGCUUUCCUCACCUCAUCCCAGCUUUGGAGAAGGGUCACAAUUAUAAGGCAGAGGAUGAAAGGGGAUACCAAGUUGAUGAUGGGUUAUUUGUUUAAUCUGGGGCUCUUCCACUGCAGGAUCUCAUGGCUGCUGAGGGGCCCAGGAGCCAGCAGCCCAGGGGAUCCUCACAUGGCUUCUCAAAGGCUUCUAACCGGGACCCGGAGAAAGUGCCAGGAAUACCCAGGGGCCGACAGAUGCUUGCCUGUAGCUCAGCCUCAGGAGAAGGGGAAAAGGAAAAGGCUGUUAGAGCUGCCACAUUCUACCCCACCCCUAACCACAGCCCUCUCUCUGCCCUCUUCCUCCAAAAUGGUUUCACGUGACCCCAAUCCAAAACCACCCUGCAGUGUACAGAGCACAGGCAACCGUGCAAAACUCCCCUGCCCCCAAGCCUCCAGUCCAGAAAGCUCAUGAGUUGGCGAACUGCUUGUUAGAAUCUGAAGGAUAAGAUGAGGUCAGAGGUGGCCUGUAGAACCAGUUCAUACUGGCUGGGUCUUCCCUUUGGUCUUGCCUUCAGGAAGGACGCAGAGUAACUGUUCCCAACGUGGCUCAGGAGAGAGGUCAAAAAGUGAGUUGCGGCGAGACUGGACAGCCGGGGAUAAGAUUGUUAUCAUCCUUCCAAAGAAAAAGGUUGAAAACCAGAACUAAGCACAACCUCACGGGACACCCUAGUACAAGUGUACAGGCUGUCUGCUUGUCUGGUGACUCAGAUACACAUGUUAACUGGAACUCCACUCACCGUGACCCAACGUUAAUGAUCCCAAAGGGAAAAGCUGCCUGGGGGAUUAGCUGAUGUCUGGGCUGAGUGGUGGAUCUUCUGUUCACUUGUCCAACAGAGACGUCAGGGAGCUGCUAAGCAAAAUCAGGUGUGUGCACCUUCCCGCCCGCUUCCUUCUCCCCGCCCCUCGCGCAAACAGGGGUUGCCAUUUAACUGCACGCUGUGUUUGCGGAUGUCACUGCUGAACUCUUCCUGGAGCACGAAACCUGGAUCUGACCUGCUUCGUCAUCUCCUGCUUGGACUUUUGGGAUAGACUCUUCGGGAAGAAAAAUUAUACUUUUCUCGUAAUGAUUAUAAACGCCUCACAUGUGUAUUGUGAAUUUUAGGGGGGCGGGGGGGAGAGACAAACUCCAACCCACAAUCCUAGCACCCAAGGCAAGCAUUACCAUCCUUUGGGACGUAUCUUUUGGUUCUCUUUGAGAUAAAUGCACACAUACACCUACACAGUUUGCUGUGUGUUUGUUUGUUUGUUUUUUAACAAAAACUAGAGCACAUUGUAUAUAUAUAUUUACUCUUUAAUAACUUACUUUUCAAAAUGUGUAUAUUUUAGGAUAUGUAAUACAUACACAGACACAAAACUCAAAAAUUACAAAAAUCUCUAUAGUAAGAAGUAAAUCUCCUUCCCACCCCUCUGCCAGCAUCUAGUCUCGCUCCUAUUACCUGUAUGUCUCUUCCGGAGACAUUUAAGCAUUUCCAAACAUAUAGACACAUAUACUGUUGUCACACACAAAUGGUAGCAUAUGGACACACGCUUUUGCCCGGUGUGCUACUUCACUUAUUAUAUCAGGAGCAUAACAUUUUUUUUUUGCGUUCUCUCUCGAACUUUUCAACAUCCUCCCCAUUCUACAGAUGGACCCUUAUUUGAUCAUCCAUCUCCUAAUAGUGGUCAUUUCAUUUGUUCCCAGUCUUCAUUCUAAACAAGGUUGCAACAGACAUUCUUGGAGCUAUUCUGUGCACAAGGAGAAAAUUGCUUGGCUAUCUUUAAGAAUUUUGAUGCAAGUUGCCAACUGUCCUCCAGAGAGUUUGUACCAAAGCACUCUUACCUGCAGCCUUGAGAAUGCCCUGUUCCCUGCACCCUCCCUCAUGGUGGGUAUUAGCCCUGAUCAAAUCUUCACCAAUUUGAUAGAGAAAUGAUAGGAUGUCAAUGUUAUUUGAACUUGCAUUUCUUUGAUUAUUAUUGAUGAACAUCUUCAUGCGCUUAUUGAUCAUUUGUACUACUUUCUUUGUGAAAUUUCUAGUCAUUUGAUAUUGGUAUGUUUACCUUUAUUAUCAACAUGUAAUUUUAUUACAAAUAUUAUCUUUGUCCAGAAACACUGCAAAAUGGGCUUUCCAAGUGCUUUGCUUUCUAAUUUUGUUGAUGGUGCUCUCUGACGUACAUAAAUUCUUAAUUCUGCAA